GGAAGGUUCUAUCUGUACAGAUAACGAGACCUACAAAUCAUGAGAAAGCCAAGCCAGGUGAACCAAACAGCUGCUUCAGACUUCCUCCUUCUAGGGCUCUCUGCGCGGCUGGAGGAGCAGCCUCUUCUAUUUGGCGCCUUCCUCGGCAUGUACCUGAUCACCAUGGUGGGGAAUCUGCUCAUCAUCCUGGCCAUCUGCUCUGACCCACACCUCCAUACUCCCAUGUACUUCUUCCCGGCCAAUCUAUCCUUAACCGAUGCCUGCUUCAGUUCAGCCUCAAUCCUCAAAAUGCUGGUCAACAUUCACACCCAGCGUCCGACCAUCUCCUAUUCUGGGUGCCUUACCCAGGUAUAUUUCUUGCUCAUGUUUGGUGGUCUUGACAACUGCCUGCUGGCUGUGAUGGCAUAUGACCGCUUUGUGGCCAUCUGCCAGCCACUCCAUUACAGCACAGCCAUGAGUCCUCAACUCUGUGUGCUACUACUGGGUAUGUGUUGGUUGCUAACCAACUGUCCUGCCCUGGUGCACACACUUUUGCUGACCCGUGUUGUUUUCUGUGUCCCCACCAUAAUCCCCCACUUCCACUGUGACCCCAGGGCUCUACUGAAGCUUGCCUGCUCUGACACCCACAUUAACGAGCUGAUGAUCGUCAUCAUGGGGUUAUUGUUCCUCACCGUUCCCCUCAUGCUGAUUGUCAUCUCCUAUGUCCGUAUUUCCUGGACCGUGUUUAGCAUUCCAUCUUCAGGAGGGCGAUGGAAGGCCUUCUCUACCUGUGGUUCCCAUCUCACAGUGGUUCUGCUCUUUUAUGGGUCACUUAUGGGUGUGUAUUUACUUCCCCCCUCAGCUCACUCUACAGAGAGAGAAAGCAAGGCUUCCAUUCUCUAUAAUGUGAUUAUUCCUAUGCUAAACCCACUCAUCUACAGCUUGAGGAAUAAAGACAUGAAGCGUGCUUUGGGUAAACUUCUUGGCAGUGGUAAAACAUUCUCCCUACCGUGA